CCAGACCGGGACCGCAAGGACUCAGGGCACCCUUCAGCAUGACAGACACAGUGCCACACAGACUGUCGGUGAAGACCUGGACUGAGGAGGAGAGUGACCAAGCGGACAGCAGGGGCCAGUCUGUGUGUGAUGACACGUCUUUGGAGCUCCAGAGGAUGGCUGAUGACAGGAGAGAGGGAAACUCCCAGAACUCCCUGCGUGGUCGCGGAGCACUGUUCAGGAUUGUGAACAUGGUAGUGACUUUGAGAGAAUGGGCUCAGAAGAGUUUGGCAGAAGAGACAGAGCGGCCGGACUCCUUCCUGGAGCGAUUCCGAGGCCCCGCCCACAUGGACGUUGAGGCCCCACCGAGCAGAUUCAGCCACACCCAAAACGAUUCCGAAACUGGCAAUGAAACGAGACGUCAGCGACGCACGAGGAGGAAGUGCAAGAUGGCCAUCCUGUCACCGUCUGAUAAUUCUUACUACCACUGGCUGAUGGUGAUCGGUCCGGCUGUGUUCUACAACUGGACCAUGCUGGUGGUCAGGGCCUGUUUCGAUGAACUGCAGAUGAGAAGCGUGCUGGUGUGGCCGGUGCUGGACUACUUCUGCGAUGGAGUCUAUGUCCUAGACAUAGCAGUUCGUCUCCACACAGGCUUCCUGGAUCAGGGCUUGAUGGUGAAAGAUGCGCAGCGCCUCAGGGAGACCUACGUCCGCACGCUGCAGUGUAAGCUGGACAUCUGCUCCAUCCUGCCCACUGACCUGCUCUACCUGGUCGUCGGACAGGGCUACACUCCUCUCCUUCGAUUCAACCGCCUGCUGCGGCUCUCGCGCCUCUUUGAGUUCUUCGAGCGAACAGAAACAAGGACGGGCUACCCCAACGCCUUCCGCAUCUGUAAGCUGGUCCUCUACAUCCUGGUCAUCAUUCACUGGAAUGCUUGCGGGUACUACAGCUUCUCCAAAGUCCUGGGCCUGGGAUCGGACUCCUGGGUUUACCCCAACAGCUCGGACCCAGAGUUUGGCUCCCUGACCAGGAGCUACAUCUACUGCCUGUACUGGUCCACCCUGACGCUGACCACCAUCGGAGAGACGCCUCCGCCAGAGAGGGACGAGGAGUACCUCUUUCUCAUCUUUGACUUUCUGAUCGGGGUUCUGAUUUUCGCCUCCAUCGUCGGGAACGUGGGCUCCAUGAUCUCCAACAUGAAUGCGAACAGAGCUUCCUUUCAGACCAAGGUGGAUGCUCUGAAGCACUACAUGCACUUCAGACACGUCAGCAAGGCCCUUGAGCAGCGUGUCAUACGCUGGUUUGACUACCUUUGGACCAAUCAGAAGACAGUGGAUGAGCAGGAAGUGCUGAGGAGUUUGCCCAGCAAGCUGAGAGCAGAGAUCGCCAUCAACGUCCACCUGGACACACUCAAGAAGGUGCGUAUUUUCCAGGACUGUGAGUCGGGCCUCCUGGUGGAGCUGGUGCUGAAGCUUCGACCACAAGUUUUCAGUCCUGGAGACUACAUCUGCAGGAAGGGCGAUGUGGGAAAAGAGAUGUACAUCAUCAAAGAAGGCCAUCUGGCUGUGGUGGCGGAGGACGGCUUCACCCAGCUGGCGGUGCUGACGGCAGGAAGCUGCUUCGGAGAGAUCAGCAUUCUGAACAUCUCCGGCAGCAAGAUGGGGAACCGGCGCACGGCCAACAUUCGCAGUCUGGGCUACUCCGACCUCUUCUGCCUCUCCAAGCAGGACCUAAUGGAAGCGCUGCAAGAGUUUCCCCACGCCAGAGCGCAGCUGGAGCAGAGGGGGCGGGACAUCCUGCAGAAGGAAGGGCUCCUUGAAGAAGUGGAUGUGUCUGCAGGGGAGGAACUGGAGGAGAAGGUGGAGCGACUGGAGAGCAGUCUGGAUCGGCUGCAGACAUGUUUGGCUCGUCUCCAGUCCGAGUUCGGCUCAUCACAGCAGAGAAUGAAACAGCGAGUCACAACUCUGGAGCAGAGGCUCGGUGCAGCCGCCACAGGAAGUGGCUUCCUCUCGGAUAAUGAUGGUGUGGAGAGCGUCUGUGGCGACGGUGUCCGCAGUCAAAUCAACAUCCGACUUUGA